UCUCUGCGCAUGUAUCGUCACACGGCAUAGUGAAGAUACCACUUACAGAGAACGACGUCACCACCGGCAUCUACAGUUAUCCUUGUUUCUUUCUGCAAGUUUCUUCGACACCACUGCGAUCGGGUUUUCUGAAAUGCAAUUUGAGGUGACGCUUCAGGGCCCCUGUCCCUGGGGGUUCCGGCUGGGAGAUGGAAAGGACAAUGAGACGCCACUUGUGAUAGCUAAGACCACGGCUGGCGGAAAAGCUGCCAAAGCGCAAAUACUUCCAAGUGAUGUCAUAUUAAAAAUAAACGACCAAUCAACGGUGGGUAUGACGGUAGCAGAGGGCCAACAAAUCUUAAAAGAUGCGUCAGAAUUAAAAUUAUUUAUUCAAAGGUGUGACACGGGGGUUCAAAAGACACCACGGCGUGGAGAACAACCAGCACCGACAGUACGAGAGCAUUUUGACCCCAAUGCCCCUGCAGGACCUGGUUCGGCAAAAGUGGUGCAUCUUCAAUACAAUUCGCCAGUUGGUAUCUAUUCGUCUGCAAACAUCGCCGAUGCUUUUAAGGGACAGACGGCGGGGUUAGCUCCAGGGACGACUGGCAUUAUUGGAGGGGAAGGGAACCAAAGACCUGUUGAUAAGCAUUCUGCCGUAUUUCAAGCCGUGCAUGACUCUUCACCAAAUCCGCACCACGGUGCUGCCAGUGAAAGAUACAUCGAGCGAGAUGGCGGCGAGGAAAUGAGGUACCAUGGUUACGCCAAUCCAGGUUUGCAAUCAAGAUCAUUCAAAAUGCUACAACAGAUGGUCAAUGAAGAGGAUUUGUAAAUAUAGACACCCCACGAGGCAUAGCCGAGGAAAUUAUAUCACGUGAUCUGAUUAUAAAAAAAAAUCGAAUGAUUGACACGCUUUUUUACUUUUUUACUUUGCGUCUUCUCUUAUAUUCGGUAUCGGCAUUAACAGUACGCAAAUAAUUCGAACAAUUUCUUUUUAGUGACACCCAGAGCUGGACUUCGUAUUGAACUUGAUAACCAUAUAUGUGGCGGGGUAUCCCAAACUGUAUUAUAUUAAGUUAUAAUUAGGCCAAAUCUUCAGUCGGAUUUUUCUUUAUUUUCAGAAACUUUUAUAGCGCAAUAAAACUUGUCAAACUUAUUAGAAUAACAUAAAAUAAAUUCUUCAAAUGAGAUUUAAUUAAAUACACAAUGAGACAAUGA